AUGCAACGGGUGCCAGCCUAUAGCGUGUUGAUAAGGGAGCAGUUUGUAAAACACCUCAGUUUUACAGUUCUGGAUCUGGUCAAAAUGCAGGAUUAUUUGCCACGAAUACAGAAGCUAAGCACUUCCGUCAGCAAGCAAGCUGAAAUAAGUUACGGUUGGACAAAAGAACGAACAGCUGAUGAUUGGUAUGCUUACAACACAUUUAUUCUGGAUGAAUCUUGUCAAGCACCUCCUGGAACUCCAAAUUAUAUAGAAAAACCCGUCACUGCGUUGACAACCAAAGGCAUGAUCAAACAAAGUACUUAUCCAGUGUGCCAAAAAAUGGAACAAAAUAAGAAACAAAAGAGUGCAUGUGUAAGACUGGUCAGUGCUUCCCCCGGUUUCCGGGUUAUCUACGAAAACUGGAUGAAAAUAUCCACUCCUACAAUAUUCUAUGCUUUACUGGCGAGUGUUAACGUGAGACGUGGCUGGUUGCCAGUAAUUUCACUGAACCAUCCUACUGGGGAGGACUGCUCGUUGAAAAAGCGUUGGAAUUGGAAGUGUGAAGAACCGGAAAAUUUUUUCCGCAUCACUGCUGUUACUUGUGUGGAGAAAAAUGCUGACUUAUGUCCCACAUCUUCCCCAGAUGAGGACAGCAGUUCCGGCAUCCUCUUUUCAAAAUCGAGUUCUGCAAACUGUAGGCGCAUUCGGUGCAGUUCAAGUGAAAGCUCCGAUCCGAUCAGAGUUCCAUGCAAUAUAAUAUUAUCCCGAAUCAAUCCGAUGCCGAUAAUAUCGCUACCAUAUUUGUCGAUCCGUUAUGGAAUAAUAUGUGUAACGCCUUGGUCAUGGCGUUGUAAAUUAUACUGCAAUGGUGCAAACUGCAAAUACUGCUCAUGGAAACCGUGGUCUCUGAAAGAGCAGGCCAUCCGAGGGAUAACUGGAAACAUUUUGGCUAUGUCUCGACCAACUGCUAAAACAUUUACUGAUUAUAACCUCAUUGGGCAGUUCCACAAAGCAAACAUAUGUGCGGUAAUCAAUCUUCAAAUGCUUGGUGAACAUGAUUCCUGUGGACCGGAGUUACUUCCUUCUGGUUUCACAUAUAAUCCGGAAAUACUAAUGCAGAACGGAAUACAGUUUUACAAUUUCGUUUGGCCGGACUUCGGAAUCCUUGGAACCGACAUCCUUUUAGAUAUUGUGAAAGUUGUUCAUUGUUCUCUCAGACAAGGAAAAGUGGCAAUACACUGCCACGCAGGGCUUGGCCGUACGGGUGUUGUUAUUGCUGCCUAUAUGAUCUGGGCAGAACAAUCCACAUAUGCAGAAGCCAUAGAUCGUGUCAGAACUGCAAGGCCACAUUCGGUGCAGAGCAAAAAGCAGAUAAGACUGGUGAAGGACUUUGGGAUGUUUCUGGAGAAAUAUGGUGCGGCUUUACCACAGACGAGAAUGGUGCACUUAACGAUGAAAGAACUGCUACUCAUUGUUCAUGGCGAGCUAGAUGGUAAAACUAAGCGAUGGAUUGCAAAUAUUCUAAAAUGCACGUCAAAAAUUGAUCGAGAAUUUCUGGAGAAGUGGCCGGCACGGAAAGUGAAGUCGCAAGAGAUUGACAUUUGUAUAUGCGGAGUAUUGGAGAACUGUGGUGAAAUUUUGGAUUUGGGUGAUAAAGAUACAAGAAUAAUCAAAGAUGGUGCAUUCAAAAUGAUUAACUGCACGAAAUUUAUACGCACUAAUUUCCGAGGCAACAUGCUUUUAUUGUUGCGAACGUUGGAUCAAUUGAUGAAUUCAUUCAUUAAACCAAUCAUUCCAAAAGAAGAAUUACUUGGCAAUCUUCGGCGAAACACCGAGCAUGCAGACUGGCAAUGUUUGAAUCGUUACCUUUUGGUUACGAUGGCAUCAUUAAGCAGCGGCAAUUACAGAAACAUUGCAAAGCUUAUCAGCCGCUGGUACGUGGGUGAAUCAGCAGCUAGUGAUGAAGACAUUACAAUAGCCUUGCAAAACCAUCUUCUACGAGCCUAA